UGUAUUAAAGGUGAACGAUCUUGUUGUAUACUUUCCCUUAAAAUAAAUCCAACAAAUAAUCGUGCAUUACAUAAGUCAAAAGAGUUGUAGAAACCGCUAAGAUCUAAAACAUAUCGAAUAGGAGGGUGUGCCAUUAUUUUGAGCAACGUACACAUACAAACCUAGGAUCUCCACCAUCCAUUCCUUAAGCAAGUUCUUAAUAGAUGAUGGAGAUCCUCAUAGGCAUGUUUGAUGCAUAUUUCCCCUAAAAAAUGAGCAUAGCAUACAAUCUCUAUAAUAAAAAGGUUUUCAUACUGCGCCAUCAGAAUUACCAAAAUACCCUUAAUUAUUUUAUGUAUUUGCCUUUGCAAACUAAUCCGCUUAUAACAACACGACAUGUUUGCAGACCCCACCGCUGAGGUGAUCGCCUUGUCACCAAGGACCCUAAUGGCCACAAACAGGUUUGUGUGUGAGGUCUGCAACAAGGGUUUCCAAAGAGAUCAAAACCUUCAGCUCCACAGAAGAGGUCACAACCUUCCAUGGAAGCUCAAGCAGAGGGCAACAACAGAGGCCAGGAACAAAGUGUACGUGUGCCCCGAAAUCACGUGCCUGCACCACGAUCCUAGUAGAGCUCUUGGUGAUCUCACAGGCAUUAAAAAGCAUUUUAGUAGGAAGCAUGGAGAGAAGAAGUGGAAAUGCGACAAGUGUUCGAAAAAAUACGCGGUGCAAUCUGAUUGGAAGGCCCACUCUAAGGUUUGUGGGACCAAGGAGUACACGUGCGACUGUGGGACCAUCUUCUCUAGGAGAGACAGCUUCAUAACUCACAGAGCAUUCUGUGAUGCCUUGGCAGAAGAGAACAACAAGUUGCACCAGGGUUCAUCUCAACUACAAGGCCAAGCACCAGAGUUCAACAGCCCCAUGGAUUUAUCACUCAUCAAUCAGGACAUAACUAAUCCCUUGAAUAAUAACAUGCCCCACACUCUCACACAGGUACCCAACAUUCCGGAUUCUUCAUUUUCCGACAUAAUUUCCGGCCAGGGUUUCUUAUCGUCCGUGGGUCUGUUCGCUUCAAGUGGGUUAAAUAAUACUCGAGUUUCCAAUGAUUCAAAUGCAUUCAUGUCUGCAACUGCUCUAUUGCAAAAAGCCGCACAAAUGGGAGCCAAGGUUAGCAGUAACGCAAUUGCUCCGCCCAUCUUUCUCAGAGGCUUCCCCGAUUCGACAAGUGGUUUGUAUAUGGGGAGCCAAAAUGGGUUUCCAAAGGAGCUAGAGAAGAUCAGCUUACCUGAUUCUCCUUUGAUGAUUCAUGGAGAGAAGAGCAUUAAACCACCUGGUGAAUUUUUGGAAGGGGAGGGUAUGAUGAGGGGGUUACAGAGAGAAGAGGCUGCUAAGAGAGCAGGAGAGAGAAUGACUGUGGAUUUCUUAGGUGUGGGGGUCCAUGGAGAUGGUAUGGGGUACUCUUCACAUGGCCAACAGGAGAUGCUGGAGUGGGAAACACAAAACCAACAAAGAAGUUUUGACAAAAUGCCUGGUUUUCAUCAUGUAGGUCAAGAUCAAGCUUCCAUGGAAAGACCCAUAUGGGAUUUCUAGGGUUUUGUUGAUUAGUUGCUUUUCUUUUGCUCUUUUGUUUGAUAAUUGGAUGGUUUCCUUACUUCAAUCAUUGUUUUGUUGGGAAUAUACGUAUGAAUUAUAUUAUGUGCAUGUGGGUUUGGGUGUGUGGGCAUGUGCAUGAGAGAGAGAGAGCAGUGUUCCGAAAAAUCGAAUCAGCCUCGGAAACCGGCUAAGGGCCGGGUCCUUGUAACUAGUAAAUCAGCCUGUUCAGUCGGUCUA